AAGACAUCUGCAUCAACCACAUUGACCUAUCUUGCUAAUCAAGUUUUCUACAACGGCUCACACUUUGGUAGCUCGCAGUUGCUCCAGAUUACCACUACUCCAUCUUCUGUGCUCGACGCCCCUACAUUGCCUGUUCCAUCCACGAUAUCGACCAUCAACCCUAAUGCACUCAACUCCCAUGUGUCAGGUAGAAACAACGAUGUAUCGGGUUAUAUCGUCGUUGGAAUGGGGAGUUACGUGACCGAGCUGGAGUCCUUCAACAAUCUCGCUCCAAUACUUGAUGCUGUGUUGAUCGACACGGAUGGCAGUGGACAGAACGAAAUUGUAACAUGCUCUGGUGGCAGAAGCACGGGGAGCAUCAAAGUCAUACGGAGUGGCGCGGACUUUCCGAGAAAGCGACAGUUCAGGGGCUCGGGAAUGUCACCCAUAUCUGGCCACUGAAAGAGAUGUACUGUGCGCCCGAUUAUGCGCACAUCGUGGUCUCAACUCUGCAGGAAACGCACGUUUUUCGUUUUGACAAUGCUUCAUCAAUCUCCAGUAUCGACGGCGACAAAAAUACCGGUUUUAUCACCGAUUUACCUACUAUCGCAGUUUCAAAUAUCCUUCGACGCACGCGCAACGCGGAAAAUAAGUCUGACUAUGUAGACUCUAGGUUUGUUAUACAGGUCGUUUCGAAAGGCCUGCUAUUACUUGAGUAUGACCCCGGCGUGCGACAGUACUCGAGAGCUAGUGAACUAUGGACCUUGGAAAAGUUUGCGGAUCCUGGUAAGGAGGGACUGUGGAAGGGGCGAGAGAUUGUAGCUGCAAAUAUCAACGCGAGUCAGGUUGUGCUUGCACUCAACUGGGGGAGGGUGGUAGUGUUGACUCUGAAUGUGGAUGACAAGCGAUUUAUCAAGCUGAGGUGAGUAUGAGCAUCUAGGCGAAGAUCUGAUUGAUUAUUUGUGCAUUACUACAGGGAGCGCAACUUUGUGCACAAUAAUCGCGAUGCGGAGAUUUCAGCAGUUUCGUG